ACUCUAUACAACAAUAUAUGAAAACUUGCCUAUUUUCACUACCAAAAGUUUAACACUUUUGUGCGCUUACUUUUGAAUUGGCGCUUAUCACGCGAUCACUUUGAGAUAAGUACGUACUUUAUCAUCAUCUCGCAUUGAAAAUCUCUAUAAACUCAAAUUGAGGAACCUGUUCAACAUUCGAAUAUAAAAUUUGUGGCUCGACGCACGAAUGUAUUUAGGUGAUUUAUAUAAAUAUGCUUUAAAAGCAUUUGAAAAAUUCAAAAAUUGACUUUUCAAAGGUCAAAAUGGCGACCUUUUGAUACUGACUGUAUUGAUUUCCACGAGUCUCGGUUUUGGUCGAGAGUGGAGAGUCGAGACUAUCAGGUCGAGAGUCGAGACUCCCAUGUCGAGAGUCGAGACUCACAUGUCGAGAGUCCCAAAUCCCAGGUGUCGAGAGUAAAAAAAAAAACUCGAUUUCCACACAGCAGUUGGAUUGACAUAGCCUGCGUACAUCCGGUUUAAUUUUUACGAGUAAACGUUGGAUGAACUCAGGCUAGUAGGAUUGACAUUGAUAUUCGCUUUUCUUUAGUACUUCCUCUGGUAAAAAUAUCUUUUCGAUUCUUAAAACAAAAAUUAGUCCAACUGAAGAAGCAAAAGAUCCGUCUUUUGUAAUGUUUACAAAGUCCCCUAGGCUGUCUAGGCUCCUGCCACAAAGGUUUCGACAGCUUCCUUUGAUUCCGAUGCUGAAUGGAAGCUGGGCAAGUUUCUGCACAUGCGUAUGUUUAAACAAAAUGGCGAUUCAUCAAAGAGUUCUGGCAAUACCUUUUCAGCGUGGCUCCGUUUAAAAGACUGAAUGUUUAUCAGGAUCCAUUGCUAUUUCCAAGUGAUUCAAAGGCAACUAUUUCAUGCGAUGAACUGCGUCUUUCAAUGUGUUCCUUUUAAAAGAAAAUGAGCGGCAAACGUUCCCUUUGUUUAUCCUAAUCUUAGGGUAAAAAGGGGUUCCUGGUACUAUGCUGGUACAAAGAUAGGUUAAAACCCAUAGAAAGCAACCAAGUCAUCCUCGUAGACUGUCAAAUCAUGAAAUUACCAACACUUUUCUUCGUGGUAUUUUCUGUUCGGAAACGCAAACAAAUUCUGAUUACCACCUUCCUGGUCCUUGGAGUAUUAUUCACGAAGGUGUAUCAUUCRGCAUAUCACGAAAACCAGGCAUAUCAUGAAAAUCAAAUAACAUCAAUGAUAUCACCUUCAAAUAGAAAAAUAGCAAUGAUGUCAGCUUCAACUAGAAGAAGACUCACUGGGCAUGUGAAYAUUGACAUAUGGCGAAAGGUCUGCUCAUAUAACUUCAACAGUUUAAAACGAUAUCCGUUGUUUCCAGUUCUCCCUGCCGAGAGAAAGUACAUUCUUGUGGAAAACUCAUUGAUGUAUGAUUUUCAGGAGCAAGAUAACUUUUCAGCGCUGCGAAUCAUGGGAUAUCUUCACCCACCAAAGACUGGGCACUAUAUUUUUMAWCUAAGUUCUCCUGCCUUGUCACAGYUAUGGCUUAGCAGCACAAGUAAGCCAGUUAACACUGCUAAAAUUGCUAAUACACCAAUUAAACUGCAAUCAAAUUYAAAUAUAGCCAACGACAUGACUGUUUCCAAGAAGGUCUUUUUGAAUGAAGGCAGUAGACACUACUUUGAAAUUCUACAGGUUCAGGGGGAUUCUAUUGAGCUAAAUUCAAGACUUAUCAUUCGCUGGAAGUUGCCUGGUGCAACGUAUUUUACUGACAUAGCUGGAAGUCAAGUGUCCRAAUAUUUCAAAGUGCUUUCAAGUUUUGAAACAACAAUUUCCACUGGAGGAAAUGACAUACCCAGUCUACCCAGUCUUCAAUUAUCUGAGGAUGAGGAUGUCGCUUUAGGGAAAGAAUAUCCAUURGAUGCYGAAAGAACUUCAGAAAGCAAAAAGCCCGUUUUUACUUUAAAACAAGCUCACAUAAAAGAAAUUCUUGGUGACCAACUUGCUUUGAAUUCCACCGAGUAUACACGAGAAACGGUGGGAAUWGUACCUUAUAUGAACAGAUCUGGAAAUGAUGUCGUCGAUGCAUUUCCUAAAUGUGUGUACGAACCAGCUCACACAAAAAAUCGGAAAGUUGAACGAAAUAAGGGAAUUUAUUAUACAUUCUUUGUUGAGGUAUUUCCAACUGAUUAUACACACCUUAUACGAUGUAGUCCACACAGUCSAACAGCUAAAGAUGAUACAUUUAAUCGGUGCAAUGCCAACCAAGUUAUUGAUGAAAAAGAUGUGCUUCAAAUUGUGAAAUCCUUUUUGGACACAAUGUYCAAAUCUUUAGGAAGAACUUACCAACUACACAGUAUCAUCAACAUUGAAAAAUACAGUCCAGGCGUACAAGUCGUGGGCGAUAAGUACCUCAUUGAAGUAGUUCUACGACGCAGCGACGAUGGUAAGCUUCUCCGCCUCUCCGAGUAUUUUUACCGGAMGCUGGGACAAAAGAGACUGUGUUUUCUUCAAAACAUGCGUUGGAAUUCUGAUGUAUGGGUCAAUGUUAUAAUCAACGUUAGAAAUCAGCCCAAAUGGUUUAUAUAUUUUGUGCAGGAAAUGRCUCGGAUAAUAGACGAAACACGCGAUAGACAUGUCCAUAUCAUUGUGGUCGAUUAUGGAAAUAAAGGGAUUAACAUUACUAAAGAAAUGAUAAGACAUAACAUCACAAGUUUCUCCAUCAUCACAAGAAAUGGAAGCUUCCACAAGUCGUCUACCAUCAAYAUGGCUGCCAGUCAAAUUAAAAAUCCAAACAGUAUAGUUUUCUUGACAGAUCUUCAUUUUAAGAUGCCAUCAAAUCUUUUUGAUGCUAUUCGUAAGCAUACGAUUCAAGGAAAAACCACGUUCGCUCCACAGGUGAUGAGGCUCGAUUUUUGCAGCAGACCUCGAACCAAGCACACUCAUUCUCAAGGAUAUUAUGAACCAAUGGGGUUUGGAGUUUAUAGUAUCUACAAAUCAGACUGGGAUGCCUUUGGUGGGAUGAACGAAGAGGAAUUCAAAAACAAAUGGGGWGGAGAGGACUGGGAAAUGGUCGAUAGAGUUAUCAAUAAGGGAUAUGAAAUCGAGAAGCUAAGACUGCCRGGRUUCUAUCACUUCUAUCACGAUAGAAAAGGAAUGUGGAAUCAGUAGCAUCAUCAUCAUACACUUCUGGUUCCCUCUGAUUGGCUGUUUGACAGCCAAGAUUUCGCCGAAAUGAAAUUUUCCCAUGAUGGAAAUGCAUCCAGCACUGUCCAACAGUCAUCUGUGAAAAUGUCAUCGACUGUCCAACAGUCAUCCGUGAAAAUGUUAUCGAGAUUUGGAAGAAAAUUGACGAAGAUAUAUGUUUGUAGCGAGAAAUGACWCUUUAACCUUGGCGAUUUGGGUGUCAUUUGAGACCGACGUGAUCACGUGUGCAGGUGCUAUGAUGAGAACCCUUAAAGGGCUACCACCACAUCUCGUGUAUUGCGCUGAGUUAGUGCAGUGUCUAGCAAAAACUGAUUGGCCUAUGUAGGAAACGUUAAAUGAAGUAUAUAAGUCUUGAGGCAGGGUAGAGGGUGUCUUUUUCAUUUCAGUGACGGUACCUUAGGGGUGGAGGAUUGUACAAUACUCUGACAAAUUUAUGCACAGUAUUGUAUUGUAUAUGCAUGUCCACAUAAAAAUAGAUUAACAAUAGUACUUUUAAGAACGACACAAUACAAUAGAAUGCCAAACAAUGUCAUGCAUAAAUUUGUCAGAGUAUUGGACAAGUAUGRAGGGGUACAGGUGAUAAAGGAGAUGUCUUCCACUUGUAUCGGUGACUGAAGGUGAAUAUUUACAUGCCAAUUAUUCUUUGUUCGUKUCUUAUUUUCUMCCAUUAUUCAUUGUAUAUAUYUCUAUAUUUUUUCUAUUCUUCAUUAUUCUUUGAUAUUUUUUUAUAUUUGAUAUUAUUCAUUUUAUCUUUUUGAUUUUUUUCAUUAUUCAUUCUUCCUUAGGAGUUUUAUUGAAUUAUUYAUUAUUCCCAGUCAAUUUUAAACCGUUAUUCAUUAUUCAAUGUUCACCUUCAAACCCCGAACAUGUACCGGUAUCGAGACUCAAACUAGGCCAGUGAAUCGAAAAAUUACAAGUUACUAAGGUCGCCUGGACGGCUGCUCACUCCCUGCUGCCACAAGAUGGAUUCGCCACUGAUCAGUUCUGGGUGACGUAACAACUUAGCCUCCAUCCCAGGCCGAUAUCCUUUUCUUUGUGAUAAGGGGAUGGGGUAGGUUAGGUACUAAAAGGCCCACGUGCAUCCAAGAACCUAGCCUGAUUUUCAAAGCGUUAGCGUCGGAGCCAGGCCCCGUCUGAAAUUCAGGCUGCUAAGAACCUUAACGUUUUGAUUUUGAAUCAAUCCGAGAAACCAACUUCAAGCUAAAGAACAUUAGUAAAACAAACARUCGCAAAGGUUUUCGGAUACACGUGGACCUUGAAGAUUAUGUAAGGAUCGAGGAAGUCAGGACAUUUCCACCUAAACCACUACCUACCGAUCUCAAGCCUGCAAUCGUUAUCAAAAUACUUGGACCACUAUAGUCUUCUUCAUCACGGUUACCUGCGCCAUCUUGAAAGACAGAAACCUGUGAAUAGACAAUGUUCAGCGACGCCAUUUUGUGCAGCAAAGCAUGAUGUUAGUUGUAGUCCUUGUACUUUUCACAGUAUCUAAAAUAUCUCCAUUAAAGCCGUUUUUAUAUUUUCUUUUUAGAAACGGCACAAAUACUUCUUUUUUUGCAUAGAUAAAGCAAAAACUGGUUAGGAGGACUGCUUUAGCGGACAUAAAAAAGUGCGAGGACUACAACUACCAUCAUCCUUUGCUGCACAAAAUGGCGUCGCUGCACACUACCUAAUAAGUGAAAAAUGGCUUCUAGAAUACAAACACUAAAACUGUGCAAGAUAAAUACCACUAACUACUGCUAAAUUAUGCUAAUUCUAUUGUUUUCUAUUGUUUAAUAAAUACUAUUUUGUAGUAAAUAGUGGAAAGUGUUGCACACAUUUCAUGUUUGUAGUCUAUCAUUGUACGCUCAACGCGGUCGUCUCGCUUCGACGUAAAGGAACGGCUACCUUUCAAGAUGGCGCAGGGAACCGCGAAGAAGACUAUUGAAAACGUUUGUAUUUUCGAAUCACCCAAUGAGAAAUGCAUCUCCCUUGACUACCUACAAGUAAUGUUGUGUGUGAGAAUGAUUGGAUUGUGAUUAUUUUUGGACUGUCCAAGCGGCACAAGCGUCCAAAGUAACAAUAGCAAUUUUUAGAAACAUGAAUAAAUGAKAAAUUUUGUUCAAAGAACAAAGAUUUUUAUCAACGACUGUUGAUUUCUAGAUUUCAUUUUGUAUAUAAAUCAAACAAGAUAGAUGCA